GUGCGGCGGAUCUCAGGGCAGCCCUCGGGCGGCGGCGCUGCCUGGUGCGUCGCGGCGUGGUCCUCCGGCGGCUGUCCGGGGCGGCAGGAGUUGGCUGCGGGAUGUGCUCAGCCGGGGAGCUGCUGCGGGGCGGCGACGGCGGGGAACGCGACGAGGACGGGGACGCGCUGGCGGAGCGGGCGGCAGCAGGGACCGAGCGGGAUCCCGGGGCGAGCCCGCGGCGGCUCGGACAGCGGCCGAAGGAGAGCGAGCAGGAUGUUGAAGACUCACAAAACCACACUGGUGAGCCUGUUGGAGAUGACUACAAGAAAAUGGGAACACUUUUUGGUGAACUGAACAAAAACCUUAUCAACAUGGGCUUCACAAGGAUGUAUUUUGGAGAACGAAUUGUGGAACCAGUAAUAGUCAUUUUCUUUUGGGUUAUGCUGUGGUUCCUUGGCCUGCAAGCCCUUGGGCUAGUUGCUGUUCUUUGCCUUGUUAUUAUUUAUGUGCAACAGUAAAACAUGGCCGAAUUGAAUUGUUUGACAUUUGGUAGCCAUAUAUGUAAUUGGAAGAAGUUAUAUAUUUCACUUUUUGACAACCGAAAAAGUUUGCCUUGUUUCAAAUUGUGUGCUGGCUGUUUUGUAAGUAAAUUUAUACAUGGAUGUCACUUAAAACUAAACUCUUGAUCAUAACAGGGUUGAAUAUAUAUUUUGAAUAUACAUUAGCUUAUUCAAAACUCUUGUUUCACUACUAUGAUCUCUGUCUCCUUUAUACACCUCUAUCCCCAUGCCAAAUCUUAAGUAACACCACCAGAAAUUGAACAGGGAAAAUAACAGGACAUGGAAUUCAAAUCAAGCAAUAUAGUUCUUAUAAAGAGUUCCAAUAAAACAUUUUAGAAGAAAAAGUAUGAAACAAGCUAAAAGUAAGUUUCACUUAGAAAACUGCUCCCCAUUCACCCUCCCCACCAAAUAAUCUCAUAUUAUUUGGGAAAUAUUUGGAUUUCAAUUGUCCUUACCCAGCCUAAACUAAGGUAAAUGAUAAUUAGCAUACACUACCUUAAUAUUGUGAUGAAAAUCAGUAAAGAUAGAACGUUUUCUAAAGGUUGAAAAUAAUAUAUUUAUUAUUGCUGGGGAAAGCUCCCAGGUUAAAUAUAACGUUUUUAAAAUGUAGCAUUUGGACCUAGACCUACUUUAGUAUAUCAUUUGAAGUUUCAGACAAUUUUGGUGCUAAUUACUUUUUGUGAGUUUUUAAAGUCUCAUAGCCUAGUUGACUGCACCCUAUGGUAAUGCCACAUUUUCUUGUGUCUAACAAGUUGCAUAUUUUUUCCUAGAGAGACAUUUUCAGUGUAUUUUUUUUAGAAAUUUAUAAUUUUAUGGUUCUUUCAUAACAAUUAUUCUGAGUUUUGAAACAAUGUAUUUCCUAUCUUGACGUGGAUUUUUUCACAAAAAAUUUAUAUUUUACUGUUGUUUUCAGGAAAAAAAUCAGAUCAUUUUUCUUUGAUAUCUAUAUCAGAAACUACAAUAUUAACAGUAUAAAACCAAAUGCUUAAAUUUAAAACUUAGCCAAUUUUGAUAAUAUUUUUCUAAUGCUAAAGUCACGUCAGUAAUUGGCUAGCCAUGUUAUUAAGGUGUCUUAAUUCAGCAUUUUCAGGUUUUAUAUUGAAAUACGCAUUUCUUUAAAUAUUCUUUGAAAAUGGAAAAUGGCUUUAGUGAUAUUUUGGGUUUGUUAGAGAACCUAAAACCUUUACACUGUCAUCUCAAAGAUUAUAAAGGAAAGAGGUAGUUAAGAUUUAGAAUUCAAGUUAAAUUUCAGAAAAUUGGGGUAGUCAGGCAUUUUUAUCUUUGGUAGGGCAACAAGUAAAACAUGUAGAGUGCUUGCUAUCCCACUUUAUAAAGCUUUUACCCAAUCUUAUUUCUAAACUUCUGUGCAUUCUCAGUGUCUUCUCAUUCUGAAACAGAAAAUAAGGAAAAACAUUUAACUUAGUUUUCUAAAAUCAGAUAAUCCUAAACAAAAAUGUUAGUCAAGGUUACUAAAAAGUAUUGCGCAUUUAUAUAAAUACAGGCCUUUUAAAAUUUGACUUUUAGGCCGGGCGCAGUGGCUCACGCUUAUAAUCCCAGCACUUUG